AUGCCGUUGUCUAAGUCACUGUCGAAGAUUCAAAAGAAUAAUAAAAGCCAAGGAAAGAAUUUAACGGUUCACCCGAAAGGGCGUAAAUUUCAGAAAUUAACAGCUGCGACAUUACGCGAAGACAAGAUUGCCGCUAAAAAGAAGGCGCACAAUGAGCGCAAAUCCAACGAACUGAGCAGGGUCAAGUUUAUUCAAGAUGUCAUAAGCUCGGAAUCCUUUAAAGAUCAAAAGGUGUUUUCUCUCGGCGAAACAGUUGUUUUUAUCCAAGAGUUCAUUUCGCGCGACGAUGGCGAGCUCGAGGAACUAAAGAAGAAGAGGAGAACCAAUAGGCCACCUUCUACUAGGCAGGUUGUUUUACAGCAAAGAAGAGACUACGAAACGAAGGAGCUGGCGUCUGGAUUUUUGGUGCCCGACUUGGGGGACGCAGAAAAUGUUGAUUUCUUGAGAAAAUGGAACCAGACGUUUGGUUCGUUGAAUACUAUGAAACUUAUCAGAGUGAAUGCUAAAGCGGAACAAGUCGUCGGCGGCAGCAAGGGAACCAAGCCACCUACCGAUGUUGAAAUGCAAUGA